CAAUGGCGGGCGUCUUGCUUGUUGUAAACACAUACGUCGUGUUUUCGAAAGCCUCGUUUUGAAUCACAAUCAGUGACAGACGCAGGUCCUGCAUAUCCUGGACCACUUUUUCUGCAUCACCUGAACCGAAAUCUCUGUUUUGUUCGGAUAUUUUCUGUAUUUCCGACCCAGAGAAGCAGGCGACAGUUCCCCCGAGGUUAGCAGCCGGCCUCGGCUCAGCUAACGCUAGCUGCUCCCUGAGAUUAUGGAUGACGAUGUGUCGGUCCAUAGGCUGGAAGGGACUGAUCCAACGGCGGAAGUUGGGGGUCUUAUAGUAAAGCAGAAGAGUGCUGCAGAUGAGCCCCAUGUGUUUCGGGCACCCACCCCACGCACGUCCUUACUGGGCUUGGAUCUGCUGGCAGCACAGAAACGGAAGGAGCGCGAAAGCAAGGAACAGGCAGAUGCAAGUGAAGACAGUAAUAGAAAGAAGUCAAAGGUUACCUCCUACCAGGACUGGGAGGAAGGUAAAAGUGACUCUGGGUCUGAUGAAGAAGACGAUGAUAAGGACACAGGUGCUAAGAAAGAGAGCAGGAAGUAUCGUGCGACUGGCUCUGAGACCCCCUCAAGCCCUGGAGGGGUCAGUGAAGAAUUCAAACGCAGACACCAGCAGAGAGAGAAAGACAAACGUGAGCAUGGAGUCCACGCCUCCUCCAAAGAAGACAAGAACAAAGAAAGAGACCGAGAAAGGAGCCGAGACAAGGGCAGAGACCGAAGGAAUGAAAGAGAUGAGCGAGAUAGUGGCCAUAGCCGCGGAAGCAGCAGCAGCCGUUCAGAGAGAAGUGAGCGCUCGCAGCGAGAGGGCUGGUCCGAUCGCCUCAGCCGGGGAAGUAAAAGAGACGAACCUCUGACACCACAGAAUCGCCCGAGAGAUGGUGGCACACCCUCACGCUCCAACUGGGAGGAGGAUGACAGUGGUUAUGCCACUUCAAGGCAUUCCCAGUGGGAAUCUCCAUCCCCGGCCCCGUCUAAUAGAGAGUCCGAUCGCUCUGAGCGAAGUCAUCGUUCCGGCCGAGACAGUGAGAGGAGGGAAAGGUCUGUCAGAGGACGUUACCCUGACGACACACCCCUGCCUACCCCAUCCUAUAAGUACAACGAGUGGGCCAAUGACAGAAAACAUUUGGGUUCCACACCUCGUUUAUCACAAGGAAAAGGUAAGAAAGAAGAUGGUGAAGGAGGAUUUAUGUUUGAUAAUGAGGGCGAGAAAGAACAGUGGGAGGACGAACAGAAGCAAGCUGACAGAGAUUGGUACAUGAUGGAUGAAGGAUAUGAUGAGUUCCACAACCCGUUCACCUCAACAUCUGAAGAAUAUGUGAAGAAAAGAGAACAAAUCCUUCAGAAGCAGACACAGAAAAGAAUAUCUGCCCACAAGAGACAGAUCAAUGAGGAUAAUGAGCGGUGGGAGACCAACCGUAUGCUGACCAGUGGUGUGGUGCAGAGGUUGGAGGUGGAUGAAGACUUUGAGGAGGACAAUGCUGCUAAGGUUCACCUGCUGGUUCACAAUCUGGUCCCUCCUUUCCUCGAUGGAAGAAUAGUCUUCACCAAACAGCCAGAGCCUGUCAUUCCUGUGAAAGAUCCUACCUCUGACAUGGCCAUUAUCUCUCGAAAAGGCAGCAUGCUUGUCCGCAAGCACCGUGAGCAGAAGGAACGUAAGAAGGCACAGCACAAACACUGGGAAUUGGCAGGCACCAAGUUGGGAGAUAUCAUGGGGAUCAAGAAGAAAGAGGAGGAUGAUGGAGGCAAAGCAGUAGGCGAAGACGGCAAAGUCGACUACAGAACCGAGCAGAAAUUUGCAGACCACAUGAAAGAUAAGACAGAGGCCAGCAGUGAGUUUGCAAAGAAGAAGACUCUUCUGCAGCAGAGACAAUACCUUCCUAUCUUCGCUGUCAGACAGCAGCUUCUUAACAUCAUUAGGGACAACAGCAUCGUGAUUGUGGUUGGGGAAACGGGCAGUGGGAAGACCACCCAGCUGACCCAGUACCUGCAUGAGGAUGGUUACACCAGCUACGGCAUGGUGGGAUGUACUCAGCCCAGGAGAGUGGCAGCAAUGAGUGUGGCCAAGAGAGUCAGCGAGGAGAUCGGCACCAACCUUGGAGAAGAGGUGGGCUAUGCAAUCCGCUUUGAGGACUGUACAUCAGAGAAAACUCUGAUAAAGUACAUGACGGACGGUAUCCUGCUCAGAGAGUCACUGAGGGAGUCGGACCUGGACCACUACAGCGCUGUUAUCAUGGACGAGGCUCAUGAACGCUCCCUGAAUACUGAUGUACUGUUUGGAUUGUUACGUGAGGUUGUAUCUCGACGUACUGAUUUGAAACUCAUCGUUACCUCUGCCACUAUGGACUCCGACAAGUUUGCAUCAUUUUUUGGCAACGUACCAAUAUUUCAUAUUCCAGGAAGAACGUUUCCAGUAGACGUCUUGUUUAGCAAGACUCCUCAGGAGGACUAUGUGGAGGCAUCAGUGAAACAGGCGCUGCAGAUCCACCUCAGCGGGUUGGUGGGAGACAUCCUCAUUUUCAUGCCUGGACAGGAGGAUAUUGAGGUGACGUCAGAUCAGAUCGUGGAGCGGUUGGAAGACUUGGAGAAGGCUCCAGCUCUUGCUGUGCUUCCCAUUUACUCUCAGCUGCCGUCUGACCUCCAGGCCAAGAUCUUCCAGAAGGCUCCUGAUGGUGUGAGGAAAUGUAUUGUUGCAACGAACAUCGCUGAGACUUCCCUCACUGUGGACGGAAUUAUGUUUGUGGUGGAUUCAGGAUACUGCAAACUCAAGGUGUUCAAUCCACGUAUUGGAAUGGAUGCACUGCAGGUUUAUCCCAUCAGCCAGGCUAAUGCCAACCAGCGUUCAGGCCGAGCAGGACGUACAGGACCAGGACAGUGUUACAGGCUAUAUACUCAGAGUGCUUAUAAGAAUGAGAUGCUGAUCGCCACCAUUCCGGAGAUCCAGAGGACCAACCUGGCCAACGUUGUCCUGCUGUUGAAGUCACUGGGCGUUCAGGAUUUGCUUCUCUUCCACUUCAUGGAUCCACCACCGGAGGACAACAUGCUCAACUCCAUGUACCAGCUCUGGAUCUUAGGGGCUCUGGACAACACAGGCUCUUUGACACCGACGGGGCGUCUGAUGGUGGAGUUUCCCCUCGACCCUGCCCUCUCCAAGAUGCUUAUUGUGUCCUGCGACAUGGCCUGCAGUGCUGACAUCCUCAUCAUCGUCUCCAUGUUGUCUGUGCCGGCCAUCUUCUACAGACCAAAAGGUCGCGAGGAGGAGAGUGACCAGGUGAGGGAGAAGUUCUCAGUCCCAGAGAGCGACCACCUCACUUACCUGAAUGUGUACAUGCAGUGGAAGAACAACAAUUACUCCAGCAUCUGGUGCAAUGACCACUUCAUCCACACCAAGGCCAUGCGCAAGGUGCGUGAGGUGCGCUCUCAGUUGAAGGACAUCAUGGUGCAGCAGAGGAUGAACCUGGUUUCCUGUGGCUCAGACUGGGACAUACUCAGGAAGUGCAUAUGUGCUGCUUACUUCCACCAGGCUGCCAAGCUAAAGGGUAUUGGUGAAUAUGUGAACGUGAGGACGGGCAUGCCCUGCCACCUCCAUCCCACCAGCUCUCUGUUUGGUAUGGGCUACACCCCUGACUACAUCAUCUACCACGAGCUUGUCAUGACCACCAAGGAGUACAUGCAGUGCGUCACCUCAGUGGACGGAGAGUGGCUGGCAGAAAUGGGACCCAUGUUUUACAGCAUCAAACAUGCAGGGAAAAGCAGAACGGAGAACCGUCGUCGAGCCAAGGAGGAGAUCACCAGCAUGGAGGAGGAGAUGUCCAUGGCUGAGGAGCAGCUGAAAGUGCGCCGAGAGGAGCAGGAUAAGAAGAGCAACACCGGCAGUGUUAAGGCGGUGAAGAUCUGCACACCAGGAAGAAAAGAGCCCACCCCCAUGACCCCCAGACGCACCCCUGCACGCUUCGGGCUGUAACAUUCCUCCAGGACGUUAAAUCCCACCAACCACCAACCACAUCCGCUCCUGAGAACUCGCCAUCAUCCACACUUGGACGACACCGGCAUGAAGAAACACUUUGCUUCUAGCAACUGUCCGUCCCUCCCAGCAUGGCCAUAACCACCUGCAGUUCAUGUAAUGACCACUAGAGUGAGAACUUGUAUAAGGCACAAGACCCACAGAUGAGUCUCCCUCCACCUUCGUCAUUCAGCUGUUGAUACAAUCUUAGGAAGGCUGUAUUGUUUUUAUAUGUGAACAUGGCUCAGAAGAGUUUUUACGAACAUCUCUUUCAUGAUUUUAGCUGAAGGGGAAACAUUUCAUUUUCUAUGUUGGGUUUGUUUUCCAUCCUGACUGUAUCAUCAGUGAUAAACAGUGAUCAUCUAAUUUCAACGCUACCUGUCGUUUUUUGUGUUGCUGCUGCAGCUUGAACAGUGUGUGAGACGUGAAGUGCUCCUCCACGAGACUGAAGCACUAUUCAAACUGCCCGAGUGGCUCCACACACUGCAUCUAUAUACAAAUACGCACACAACACACUCAUGCAUGUUUAGGCAGUUGACCUUUUUCUACUUCCAGCUCUGACAUCGUAACGUGACACAGUUUUGCUUCAUCCAAAACAUCCGCACGCCGGAUUAAACACAUCAGCUGUUUUACUUUCAUGGUCCUUGUGUUCAAAGCGGUUUCCUUUGUGCUUCUCUGUUUGUCAACAUCUUUUUAAAUGAGUAAAGCGUGUGUUUCUGUUGAUGCUUGCCCUCCUCUGACGUCUCAGCUGAUCAGAAACUGGAAACUGUUUAGUCGAGGCCAUGUGUGUUUUUCUCUUCAUCAUGGGACUCAGACAGCUGCAGGACAUCCAACGGAUUUUUUUUGUUUUUUCUUUGAACAUUGUUUGUAAAUGAAAAAAAAUAAAAUAAAUGUUAGUUUUUUUUAA